ACGUUCAAAAUAUUUGAAUGCCCGUGAAUAUCUUACAAUGUCACUCUUGCUAAAACCUAAAUAAAUAGUUUCAGGGGGAAAAGCCUGUUCAACUAUCUUAACCCAAGGUGCUUACUAUGGUCAUUCGUGGUGUUGAAUUAAAGUGGUGGAUUUUUGAAAAUCAUUAGUGAAAUCGCAACGAAAUACUGUCCACCGAAAGAAAGCACUUUUGAUCGAAACAUGAUUGAAAUAGCAAGUGUUGUGGUGUUCUUUUGCUCUUUUAACGUUUUGGAGGCUACAACACCAAUGACAACUUUACCUCCCACAACACCUCCACCAUUGAAUGCCAUUUAUAUGAAAUAUGCAGCGUCGCAACAUCGUCAUGAUAAAAAAUUGGAUGCGAAACCUCUAGUAGUUUAUAAAGAUGUGUCCCGACCACAGUGUUUGGGCUUGUGCUUACAGAGGCAGACAGGAGGGAAGUCAAAGAUUUGUCGCUCUUUCAAUUUUGUCAACCGAACCUGCUUCUUACUCAAUACUUACGUUUGCGACGGGGAGAAAGAGCUCAAAGAUGCCCCCGGUUACAGUUAUUUUGAUCUAGUAGAAGAUUAUUGGUUAGAGAAAGAAUUCAUCAGAUCUAAACAAUGUGAAACAAAAGGGAAAUGCUCUGCAAAAUGCAGAAAAUUCAAGUUGUACAAAACUCCACUUUCUUGGCAAGAAGCUCAUGCCGCUUGUCGUGCCGAAGAAGCCUUUUUGGCGAUGCCGAAGAAUCCGUAUGACCACGAGACUCUUAUUACGAUGAUGAAGAAAGGCAACAUUCUCCAGACGUGGAUUGGUGUUCGAAAACGGGAAGGUAUUUUCUACUAUGAUAAUGGGGCCUUGCUAGGCAACUAUACUGUCUGGGGUCCCGACCAGCCCAAUGAUAGCGGAGGCACUCAGCAAUGCGUGCAGAUGAUGAACGAGAUGGACUACAUGUGGAACGACUUCGACUGUGCCAGACCUGUUGGUUACAUCUGCCAGUAUGUCUGGUAGAGGAAGAUUUGCACGUAGUUUCGAACUGCUCCACUAUUUAAACUGUAGUUAAAAAUGUAGCAGUCAUGUAAGAUUUAGUAUAUCUCUACGAAAACGGUAUUGUUCAAACCGAAUCUAAAAGUGUCUUGGCUCAUACUGUUCAGUUCCUUUUUUUUGUUUUUACUCUGUAUUUUUAGAGUUUUUGAAAAUCUACGAGCAGUGAUUUAGGUUUCGUUUUUUCGUUGCAACUGAGCUAUUUUUCACUGAAUAAAAUAGAAGUGAUC